AUUAAUAGAAAGAACAACAGCAACAACAAAAAAGCUGAUAAAAAAUAGAAAGCAUAUAUUAUAGUCGUUUUUAACAAUUAAAACAAAGCAAAAUAACAACAAAUUUUAUUAAUAAAUUAAUAAACAACUAUUAAUAAAUAAAUUAACAGAACAUUCAAAAAAAAAUGCAAAGUGUUUUAAAUACCGUUAAGGGCACAGCCCUAAAUGUAGCCGAAUAUUUGACACCAGUUUUAAAGGAAUCAAAAUUUCGUGAAACUGGUGUCUUGACUCCGGAAGAAUUUGUAGCAGCUGGUGAUCAUUUGGUUCAUCACUGUCCCACCUGGCAGUGGGCGGCCGGUGAUGAUAAUAAAACUAAAUCGUAUUUGCCUAAAGACAAACAAUUCUUAAUUACUCGUAAUGUACCCUGCUAUCGCCGAUGCAAACAAAUGGAAUAUGUGGGCGAAGAGACCGUUGUCGAGGAAGAGGGUGGAGAUGGUGGCUGGGUAGAAACACAUCAACUAAAUGAAGAUGGAACCGCCCAAGAAAUCGAUAAAAUCUGUGAAUUGACUCUGGACGAUAGCAAGGAUGAAAUGCAUACACCCGAUAGUGACCAGCCGGCAGAUAUGAAUGAUGCAGCAGCUGGUGCUGCUAAUGAAGAAGAAGACGACGAUGAUGAGGCAUUAGAUAUGGAUGAAUUUGAGGAGAGUGGCAUGUUAGAUUUAGUAGAUCCAGCAGUAGCAUUAACCACCAGAAAAUCAGAGACAACUAAAACAGAGGGAGGAGCUGCUGCUUUAGAUUCAGGAGAUUCAGUACUACAUACUCGUACCUAUGAUUUGCAUAUAACAUAUGAUAAAUACUAUCAAACACCACGUCUUUGGGUAGUGGGUUAUGAUGAGAAUCGCAAACCUUUAACCGUUGAACAAAUGUACGAAGAUGUCUCUCAAGAUCAUGCUAAAAAGACUGUCACCAUGGAAUCCCAUCCCCAUUUACCCGGUCCCAAUAUGGCCUCCGUACACCCUUGUCGUCAUGCCGAUAUAAUGAAGAAAAUUAUACAAACUGUAGAAGAGGGUGGCGGUGAAUUGGGUGUGCAUUUAUAUUUGAUUAUAUUUUUGAAAUUUGUACAAACUGUUAUACCCACUAUAGAAUAUGAUUUUACACAAAAUUUCAAUUUAUCUUAAAUUGUUAGAAAAUUUAAGAAAACAAUUAACUGGAGUUUUUUUCCACACUCCCUGGCUUAAUUUAUUAUUAACUAUUUUUUUUUUCCUUUUUAUAACAAAUGCCAUAAUUUUGCUAUAAAUUAUAAAAAAAAACAUAAAAUUGCAAAUAAUUUUCUUAAAAAUUUAAUGUGCAUGUUAUAAAAUAUAGUAUAUGUAUGUGUAAAUGUAUGUUUAAUUACUAAAAUUUUAUUUAAAUUUGUUUAAAAUAUUUAAGAAAUGCAUACAUUCUUUGUAUACAAUCAUAAAGUAAUAAAACUAUAUUUUGCUUUAAGAAAAUA